UAAGCCACGUAAACCACGGCAACCGUUGCAAAAUGUAAAUUUUGAUUCUUCGUCCAAUGAGAACAGUCCAGCUGCAUCAAAAGCUAAGAGACGUGUUAGUUUUGCGGAGAAAAAACAUGUCAAAGAGUUUUGUCAUUCUACUGAACAAGGAACUGUAUGGGAUAAUACGUAUGAAGAGCAUGAUUUUAGUUUAAAAGGAUCUUUUGUAGUUGAUCAAAAUGCUCAAGUGGACGUGAAAGAUAACGUCGCGUUAUGUGCUUCUAAUACGGACUGUAUACAUCGUCAUUCUGAAAAUGCGUCAUGUUCAAAUGACACCUAUCUAGUAAAUAAUCACGUCGCACAAGAAUCUGUCGCAACAACUAUGGAAGAAGAUGACGCGACAAGCUGUCAAGCAAUAUCAAGCGGUAUUGUUGCGUAUAGCGACACAGAUGAAGAAUCGCCUGAUAAAGAAUCUCAAGCUCGGCAAACUGUAAUGACAAAUAAAUUUCAAACAUCUAAAAAUAUAAAAUCAAGCAGUAUUACUAUAUAUAGAGAUGAAGAAGACUAUGCGGAUAACGUUGCCAAUAAAUGUUAUUCCAAAUCGUGUUCCAACAAUGUUAACUCUGACGUAGACGAGGCACAUGUACAGGAUUUGUCUAUGGAGUUAACUGCACCGAUACCUGCAUUUUUAUCAUCGUCAUACGCAGAAGAACAAAAGAAACAAAAACGUAAUAAUAUAAAUAAUUUAGAUACAAAUUAUACUACUAAUUGCAAUAAUGUAUCAAUGGAAAUUACCGAAGCUAUACCAAUAUCUGCAAAGUCUCGUGCUUCUGAUUUAGGACGUACCGAACAAGUUCCGACAAUAUUACAAAAUUGUGAAAAUACCAAAUGGGAUGCUGCCAACACUCACAACGCAACAGCUAUGAACUGUGCCAAUGAUUCAAUGGUAUUAACGUCUGUAAUACAGCCAUUUAGAGAUGCUACAGGCCGUGGCAUAUGUCGCACAAGUAAUACAGCUUUCGACACUUCAAUGGGACGUAGCAGUGCACCAUUUGAAAUAUAUGAAAAAAAUGUCUGUGAUGAAAAUAUACGUAAAAGAAAGGAAAGUUAUCAAACUGAUAAAACUGAAAUUUUUAAUGAUGUAUUAAUGGACAUGACGAAACCAGUAAGUACCAUCUUGUUUUCAAGUGUUUAUAAUGAGGAGACGUCUAGAAUGGACGAACCAAUAUCCAGAGAUGAUAGAACUAUGUUCUUCCAUAAUGUAUCCAUGGAAAUGACUAAGCCAGUAUCGACAAAAAACAAACGAGAACGUGCUAAUACAAACACUGGUAAAUCAUUAUCUGAAGAAACGGCACAUGGCGGAGAGGAUGCAAAUACGUCGAUCUGCUUUAACGAAGGAACUAAAAUAUUAUGCAAGUCUAUGGAGCUUACUGAAGCUGUUCCAGCUCCUUUGCAUUAUGAAAGAAUGUUUCCUGCUACACACGUUGCGCGAUCUUUAAAUAAAAAUACAUGUGAAGAGUAUAAGAAUGAUGCAUCAAUGGAAUUAACGAACGCAGUAAAUAUGUUACCUUUAAACCGUGACAAAGAGAAUUUAAAAAUUGAUGAAUCAAGAUCGAAGGAUGAUAAAACUAUGCUCUUUAAUAAUGUAUCCAUGGAAAUAACUGCAGCAGUGUCGUCGAGAAACCAAAACGAGCGUACCCAGCCAAUCAUUUGUAAAUCAAUAUCCAAAGAGAAUAAUGGAGAAAAAGAUAGGAACGAUUCAACCUGCUUUGACGAAGGAACCAGAUUGUUGUGUAAAUCUAUGGAAUUUACCGAAGUUGUCCCGAUUUCUUUGCACGAUGAGAAAACAUUUAAUACUACCCACACUACUACGCAAUCUACAUUUUCCCAAACAUUACCAAAAACAACUUCCGUGCCUGCUGAAAAUUCUGCGGGUGUAGCAUUCCAAACUGACACGGCUGCAAAUAAAACAAUUCAAGAUAUAUCAAUAGAAUUUACUGCUGCAGUCCCAUCAACAUUACAACUUUGGCAAGACGUGACGGUAAAUCAAACGGAAACGUUGAUUAUUUCUAAAAAUGAUGACGUCCAACAUCUAAUGGCAAAUAAUAAUCGAACAAAAUCUAACAAGGGCGCAACGAAAGAAAAUUUUAUACGUUCAAGGGAAAUUGUAGAAGCAGAGAAUAUUAGACCCAAUGAAUUAUCUGACGAUGUCGUUACUCAGUCUCCACCGGUUAAUUUAGAUCACUCUUUAAAUGCGACCUUAGAAAAUGCCAGUGGGGAAAAAAGACGGUCUGACGCAAGCGAAAGAUCGUCGCGAAAAAGAGUUUGCAGUUCUUUUAUAAAAGUUCAAUCUUCUCAGGAGAAUGAUAUACCGUCACUUCCGAGUGCUAACCCUAACUAUGUAAAUGAUAUCGAACGUACGGAGUGUUUUGUAAAGGAUAUAGCGGAUCACACGCAGGUAUCUGACUCAAAUUUCAGGGAUAGUCUAAACAAGAUAAACGAACAUGGAUUUUUAAAGAAAACGUUGUCGAACAAUAGUCUCACAGAGCUACAAUCGAUUACACCGCCAUCCACGCUCUAUUUGGACAACGAGGACGAAACGUCUUCCAACGUCCACGAACGUCAGCACGAACUUGACGCGUCGAUCAUCACUGAUAUACCAGUCAAUAUAUCUGACCGAUUAAUAUCAAGUAAUAUAACAGAAUCCAAGUGUCUAAAAGAGAAACUAAUAAAUAUUGAAAAUAAUCAAUCGGAAGAUUGCCACAGAAACACUGCGGUAGAUAAAAAUGAAGACAAGCAGAAAACUACGUGCCAAACGAUGACAAAGACACGUAUUAAUGAUAAUCAACCUAAUAAAUCAACGUAUUAUACGACAAAGACGAUUAAUGAAGAAAGCACCGUGUCGAUGAAUUAUAAGAAUGGAAAAGCUCUAACGGUACAAGAUAUUAACCAUUGUAGAGAAAUUGAAGUAACAGAUGAAGAUCAAGUAGAUGAAAGAGAACAUACCCAAAGGAGAAUAAACAAAGAGGCAAAGCUGCAGACGGAUAUUAAAAUGAGAGAACAAUAUUCGGAUAAUAAAAGGCAGGAGAAGUGCAGUGAUCAUCUUGAAGGCACAGGAGCAGUACGUGAGGAUUCUGAAGAAGGCAGAAAAAAUUUAAAUGAUGAAGUGAAACAACAAUGUAUGGAACAAAAAAACGACGGUGCAAUUAAAAAGCUCGUAACGGCACGAUAUAAUACGAUUGAGGAUGUUGAUGAUGGAUCUUUGACCGAACAAAAUCCGUUUUUAACACUAUCGCAAAAAUUAGAAACGCAUGCCGUAAGGGAAGAUUGCAUUUGGAAUGUACACUAUAAGAAUAUCGAUAGGAAAAUGAUCGUUUUUGGUUUCAUGUCAAAUUCAUUAUUGAUAGCGACAUUCUUGUCAUAUGAUUUUAAUGACUCCGAAGAAAAUUUAAUUAAAGAAAUCAAGAUUAUUUCUCGCGUUUCAGAUGAGUCAGGAAUAUUAAUAAGGAUAGUUCACAAAUUAAUUCUAGAGAAAAUAAACGUGGAAAUACUUACAAACGUGUAUAAAACUCAUCAGGACAUUCUUCCGAUGUUAACGUUAAUUUCACAAGAUGUGAAAUUAGCGAUGGAUUUCAUGUUCGAUUUGAGGCGUUUGGAUGACCUGAACUUAAUGGAGAUUACUUAUGACGAAAUUUCGUUCGUCUCUCGAAGCAAACGGAUGGACAUUAUAUUGAGAGUUACGAUCAAAGUUAAACAGUUUGAUAAACUCACUUUGAAUGAUAUCAGUCUUCAUUGUCUACUGGGUAAAAUAAAAGAAGCAGACAUUAAAAAUUUAAUUAAAAAUGUAAAAAGAGACCAUAAGUUCCUACGGAGGUAUAUGAAUGAUGUCAAGGAUUAUAUUGAUAUAAUGGAAGAGGCUCAAAUAAUCUAAUGACCGAGAAUGAAAAGGCUUCUGAUUGAGCUUUUGACGAAGAUAUCGUUGUUUCCUUGCAAUAUUCAAGUUCAAGUUGGAAAUAAAAUAAAUUUUUUAAUGAUUAAUAUUGUAAAUAAUCGUGCAAUCAUUCAUAUUCGAUGCCAUAAUAACGUUUUUCUUAUUUUUAUAUUACUAUGUAAGUUGUAUAACAAAAAUACAGUAUGCAAAA